UAAGACAUACCUCACGCUAAAAAUCACCAAAUAUGUAUCAGUUCCACACAGAUUAACGCUAAAGCCAGUGCAUAGUAUAAAAACGUUCUUAUCUAUGGUAGUAGGAUGGUGACAAGAAUAAGAAGCCACAACAUCCAUUUGAAUAUACUGUCUGGACAAAACCAUGGAUUCAAGAGCUGAGCGGCGCCUCCAAGCAGUUAGGAACCAUCUAGUUGGUUCUACCACCUGGGAGCAAUCGCCGGUUCUCAGGCCACAACCCACCGUCGGAGAUUUCUUUUCUGUAGAGCAAGGGUACAGUAUAGUGCUUCCUGAAAAAUUGCAGACUGGGAAAUGGAAUGUAUACAGAAAUCGACGCUCUCCUUUGAAACUUGUGAGUAGAUUUGUUGAUCAUCCUGAGAUUGCUACUUUGCAUGAUAAUUUUAUGCAUGCAGAGAAGACAUUCCGAGACUACAAAUACUUGGGAACACGAGUUCGUGAAGAUGGAACAGUGGGAGAGUACAAGUGGAUUACCUAUGGAGAAGCCGGUGCCUCACGAGCAGCUAUCGGUUCAGGGCUAAUCAGAUACGGGAUACAGAAGGGAUCCUGCAUUGGGCUGUAUUUCGUUAACAGGCCCGAGUGGCUUGUUGUUGAUCAUGCCUGCUCGGCGUAUUCCUUCAUUUCAGUACCUUUAUAUGAUACCCUAGGUCCGGAUGCGGUUAAAUACAUUGUGAAUCAUGCAGCUGUUCAAGCAAUAUUUUGUGCCCCUGAGACGUUGAAAAUUCUGCUGAGGUUUUUAUCUGAGAUUCCAUCAGUACAUCUGAUUGUGGUUGUUGGAGGAGUUGAAGAGCAACUCCCAUCACUUCCAUCAACAACAGGGGUUGAGUUUAUUUCGUAUUCGAAACUACAUACUGAAGGCCUCGGCAGCCUUCAACCGUUUUGCUCACCAACAGCUGAUGAUGUUGCCACAAUAUGCUAUACAAGUGGUACAACUGGAACUCCAAAGGGAGUUGUACUGACCCAUGGAAAUUUGAUUGCCAAUGUUGCUGGUGCAAGCUUGGGAGUCAAAUUAUAUCCGUCGGACCUUUAUAUAUCAUAUCUUCCGCUGGCACACAUAUAUGAGCGAGCUAAUCAGAUUUUGGUGGUGUAUUUUGGAGGAGCAUCUGGAUUUUAUCAAGGAGAUAAUAUGAAAUUACUGGAGGAUAUGGCCGUUCUGAAGCCCACUGUAUUUUGCAGUGUUCCACGGCUGUACAAUCGGAUAUAUGCAGGAGUAAUGAAUGCUGUAAAGACAUCUGGUGUUCUUAGGGAGAGGCUGUUCAACGCUGCUUAUAAAGCUAAGAAGCAAUCAAUAUUUAGCGGAAAGAAAUCAUCGCCAAUGUGGGAUAAAUUGGUUUUCAACAAGAUAAAGGAAAAGCUGGGCGGUAGAGUCCGGUACAUGGUCUCUGGUGCCUCACCUUUGUCUCCUGAAGUCAUGGACUUUUUACGAGUAUGCUUCGGUUGCAUAGUUGUAGAAGGAUAUGGAAUGACAGAGUCUUCUUGUGUUAUAAGCAAUAUGGACGAAACCGAUGUUCUAUCUGGUCAUGUGGGUGCCCCUAAUGCUGCUUGUGAAAUAAAGCUUGUCGAUGUUCCAGAAAUGAACUAUACAUCAGAGGAUCAACCCCAUCCACGCGGUGAGAUCUGCGUAAGGGGCCCAAUAGUGUUCCAAGGCUACUAUAAAGAUGAAGUGCAAACGAGAGAAGUAAUCGACGAUGAUGGAUGGCUUCACACCGGAGAUAUAGGUUUGUGGUUGCCUGGAGGUCGAUUGAAGAUAAUUGAUAGGAAAAAGAACAUCUUCAAGUUAGCACAGGGAGAGUACAUAGCUCCUGAGAAAAUAGAAAAUGUUUAUGCUAAAUGCAAGUUUGUAGCACAGUGUUUUAUACAUGGUGACAGCCUCAACUCUUUUCUAGUAGCCGUUGUUGCUGUGGACCACGAUAUGUUAAAAGCAUGGGCUGCCGCUGAAGGCAUCAAGUAUCAAGAUUUGAAGCAAUUGUGUGCUGAUCCACGGGCGAGGGGAGCUGUUCUAGCUGACAUGGAUGCUGUUGCCAGGGAAGCUCAACUCAGAGGUUUUGAAUUCGCAAAGGCAGUUACUCUUGUAGUCGAACCAUUUACCGUGGAGAAUGGAUUGCUGACUCCAACAUUCAAGAUUAAAAGGCCACAAGCAAAAGCCUACUUUGCUAACGCUAUAUCCGACAUGUACAACCAGCUCUCAGCAUCUCAUGCCUCUGCCCAGAAAUUGGUUUGAAUUGUGGAAAAGAUGCAUAAAGUGAUGAGACCAGUACAUCUUAUGACAACAUACUCUGGCAAGAAUUUGUCCAUAUGAUUGUGAAGAGGAAACAGCAGCCUAUCUAUAGUUGAACAAUUAUUGGAAUAAUAAUCAGGACUGCGUACCAUCUCAAUGGAUUUUCUGUUCUUGGUAUCUUACACUAGUUUAUUCGAGAACUUUAAAGUAA